UCAAUAUAAGCCCUCCACCGACCCUCGAGCUCGUUCGCCUCCCUCCCUCUCCAGAGCUCCAUCAUCGGAGCCAGAUCUCGCCGGAAUCUCAAUCGCCGGAGGUGAUAGAGGGAUAGGCGGCGAUGUCUUCAGGGCGGUAUAUGGCUUACUCGCCCUCCCCUUCGGCUCCACACUCCCCUCACCUCGCCGGCAUCCGCUCCGCCUCCUCCGCCCUCACCGACCAGGAGAAGUAUCUCUCAGAGUUGCUGGGAGAACGCCACAAGCUCAGUCCAUUCACCCCUGUGCUUCCACAUGCCUAUCGAUUGUUGAACCAGGAAAUUUUGCGUGUAACUACGUUGCUGGGGAAUGCUUCUCUUUUAGAUCAGAGUGGGUUAGAACAAGGUAGCCCACUGAAUACUGGAGGAUUAUUUGCAAAUGGAGCAGCGGAUUUGAAUGGGUGGGCAUCAACAUUUCAACAAGAAAGGUUGGGGCUUUUACAACAAUCAGCAGCACAUGGUUGGCUUGGGUCACAAGGUAGUUUGGCUGGCUUAAUAGUUAAGAAAACAAUCAGAGUGGAUAUUCCGGUGGACAAAUACCCUUCUUACAACUUCGUUGGGCGUCUUCUCGGUCCCAGGGGAAAUUCUCUUAAGCGUGUGGAGGCAAGUACCGAUUGCCGUGUCCUGAUUAGAGGGUGGGGCAGCAUAAAAGAUCCAACACGGGAGGAAAUGAUGCGAGGGAAACCCGGUUAUGAACAUCUUAAUGAGCCGCUUCACAUCUUGGUAGAGGCAGAGCUGCCAGUCGAAAUUGUUGAUGCUCGCCUGGCCCAAGCACGCAAUAUCCUUGAAGAUCUUCUUAAGCCUGUGGAUGAAUCACAAGACUUUUUCAAGAAGCAGCAGCUGCGAGAGCUGGCCAUGCUCAAUGGUACAUUCCGCGAAGAAGGAUCGCACAUGUCUGGUUCAGUGUCGCCUUACAAUAGCCUCGGUAUGAAGAGAGCCAAGACAAGAGGUUAAGUUUAAUGAAUGGCAAAUUCUCCAUCCAUCGCUUAGGCGAUGCCGUUUCAGCAAACGGUACACCAGCGCCAAUGCUCGAUCUUUUUUACUAAAAUAAGUUUGUCUGGAGGUGUGCUUUUUAUGCUACUUGGAGGUUUGCAGGAGCUACAUAACUUGGUUAGAUGGCCAUUAAUGUGCUUCUAACAAGGUGGAGAACAAGACCAACUCCUCAUAAUGUUAAUAGAAUUGUGUUGAUGCUUGGAAGUUUGUAAAGAGAUGUAGGCUUGGUGGUAAUGUAAACUGUGAGACAAUAUGCUUUCAAAACAAACAUUUGCCCCACUGUAUUACUUUAUUUAUGUUUAUGGUGAUUGAUGAUAUAUUCUUUA